AUGAGUCAACAAGACCUUCUUGUACAACCUACGACCCACCAGCUGGUCGCUAGGCCAGAAGAUGAUUGGACUGGCAUGGCUGAUCCGAAGGAGAGGAAGAAGCUUCAAGAUCGAAUCAACCAGCGUAUUCUUCUGGCGAAUGCGAAGACCCUCGGCCUCACCACGCGACUUAUGUCUCGGCAAGCCCGAUCUCGCUUUGCAUCUACGGGCGUCGAAACCACAUUUAUCGACUCUUUGCCUCCGAGUCUGCAGCCGACCAUUUUUCAGCUCACCAUUCCUCACCACCCCUGGAUCGAUCUCUUACCUGUGUCCGACCUCCGCGAUAAUCUUCUACGCCGGAGCGCGGACUCAUACGAUGCGGCUCAACUUUGUCGCGAUAUGAGAGGGUUUCAGCAAGUGGCUGGCGGAAGGGGAGGCGUUACUGUAUGGGGACAGCCGUGGGACCCGCACGGCUGGGAAAUUUCUCCGGCCUUUGCGCAGAAAUGGCCGUGGGUCGUCGAAGGGUGCCAGAGUCUGCUUGAGUCGACAAAUCAUUGGCGAGGCACUCGGGGUGAGCCCGCUUUGCAUGUCUGGCAUGGCACAAGUCUCAGUCAUGAUGGCCCAUCAAGAAUUCAGGAAGUGGUCGAACAGGAGUAG